AUGGCUGCUCAGGAAGUGCAUCAACUGAACAUUGGUCCUCUUACGGCGCAUGCGUUUAACAAAGACAGAACACAGGUGGCAAUUUGUCCAAAUAAUAACGAAGUGCAAAUUUAUCAGAAAACUGGGAAUUCUUGGAAUCUCCUUCACUCUUUGUUUGAGCAUGACAAGCUUGUCACGUCUAUCGAUUGGGCUCCAGAAUCCAACCGAAUAGUUACUUGUUCGCAAGACCGCAAUGCCUACGUCUGGAACCUUGAUUCAAUUACCAACAAAUGGAAGCCUACUUUGGUUCUUCUCCGUAUAAACCGUGCAGCUACUUGUGUACGUUGGUCUCCCAACGAGGAUAAAUUUGCGGUUGCUUCAGGUGCACGUGCGAUUGCGAUCUGUUACUUUGAGGGAGAUAAUGACUGGUGGGUUAGUAAACAUCUGAAAAAGUCGAUCAGGAGUACCGUCUUGUGUUUAGAUUGGCAUCCCAAUAAUGUGCUUCUGGCAGCUGGGGGUGCUGACUUUAAGGCGCGAGUAUUUUCAGCGUUCAUCAAAGGCGUAGACAAAAAACCGCCUCCCACCGUUUGGGGUGACAAGUUGCCGUUCAAUACUAUUUGCGGAGAGUACAGCAAUGGAAGCGGUGGUUGGAUUCAUGGUGUUGCAUUCUCUCCUAGCGGAGACGCAUUGGCUCUUUGUGGUCAAGAUGCACAGGUAACGGUCAUCUAUCCUGGAAAGCACACCUCAGAGAUAAAACUUUCAGGACUGCCGCUUUUGAGUCUUGUUUGGGUGUCUGAGUCUAGAAUAGUAGCUGCUGGCUUCGACUGUACUCCUGUCUUACUAGAGGCUAAAGAUGGGCUGAACUGGCAGUUCUCAAAGGUAAUUGAUGCUGGAAAAAAGAAGACAGCGGGAGAAGCCACUGUGCUCAAUCGAUUUCGCCAGAUGGAUAAGCGAGGUAUCGCUCUGGAUAGCGAGAGUGGAAACGCGGAUUUAGCCACUGUUCAUCAAAACACGAUCACGUUGGUCCGCCGCUACGAUGAAUCGCAUGACCAUGUUUCAACGAGCGGGGUCGAUGGAAGAUUGAUUAUUUGGGGUAUAAAGCACACUUGA